GGAGGAGAAAGGGGGAUGAUGAUUCCGCAGGCAGGCUGUAGAGAGCGAGCAAGCGAUGCACAGGCUCUCUCUCUCAAGUAAGGUUGAGGCUGAGGUUGCUUAUUGUUUGGAAAACAACGGGCUGCUGCCAGCGGAGAGAGAUAAGCAAGGGGGUUGUGGGCUACUGGAGGAGAACGGACGGACAGAACAGCACCGGCCAUUGUCUUUUUUCCUUUUUCUCUCUUUCUUUUCUCUCCAGUCUCUGGAAUGAUUGUGAUUGCUGUUGGUUGGCCAGUGUUGGGAUUUGCAGAGGAAGGUGCCGUAGUGCAGAUCUGCCUUGCCUAGGAGGGACUGUCUCUCUGUUUCUUAGCCAUAUUACAGGAGGCACAGUUACUGCAGGGCUCCUUUCUCUGUCGUUGACUUGUGACUGGAGACACCCACCAUGGAGGCUCCCCUUGUGUGCCUGGAUGAGGAGUUCGAAGACCUCCGGCCCUGCCGGGUAGAGGACAUGGAUCGGGCUGUGCCCCUCAGCCGACCCCCCUACAGCACCAUCCCCCUGGCCCCAAUGGCCCCCCUGGCUCCCAUCACUCGCGAGGACUUCUCCGAACUGGAGAACUUCUCAGAGAUGAUGAGCUUCAAGUCCAUGGAGGACCUGGUCAAUGAGUUUGACGAGAAGCUGAAUGUCUGUUUCCACAACUACAACACCAAGACGGAGGGCCUGGCCCCUGUGCGCAACCAGUCCCACACCGAGGAGGACGAGGAACGGCUGCAGGAUGAAGAUGUGUGGGAUGCGCUGACGGAUAACUACGUCCCUUCCUCUGUCUCCAGCUGGGACGACCCCAACUCAGAGGGAUUCAACGGCAACCUCUCCGACCAGGAGAUUCAUGAAAAAGAGGAGGAGGAGAUGAACGAGAAGAACGACAAUGCCAAUUGCCUGAGUGAGGAGCCUCUUAUCACUGCUGAUCAGGUCAUUGAGGAGAUAGUUGAGAUGAUGGAGAACUCUCCGGACCCUGGUGAGACCGAGGAGGAGGACGAGGAAGAGAGUGGACACUCCUCAUCCAAGACCAGCCCAUCCCUUCUGGAGGAGAUUAGACAGCUGUCCCAGGCCUCCAAUAACAACAUGCCCUCCUAUGAAGGCCUAAGUCUGAUGCCCAGCUCAGCCCUGGUGGAGCUGCUGUGCCGGGUGGAGUCGGCCAUCAUGGAGUACUCCGAGGAGCUGGUCACCCAGCUGGCACGCCGUGACGAGCUGGAGUUUGAGAAGGAGGUGAAGAACACGUUCAUCACGGCCCUCAUGGAUGUGCAGAACCGCCAGAAGGAGCAGCGGGACACGGGCAAGCGCCGGCGUCGGAGCGAUAAGGGCCUCAGUCUGCAGGGUAACGCGGUAACCACGACCGUGGUUGGUGGUACUACUACUACAACCACUGCCCACACGGACUCCAAGCCCGCCUCUAUGCCUAUGAAGCGUUUUAGUAUGGAGGGCCUGUCCAACAUCCUGCAGACUGGCAUCAGACAGACGUUUGGCAGCACAGGGACAGACAAACAGUAUCUAAACACGGUAAUUCCAUAUGAGAAGAAAGCAACUCCUCCAACUGUGGACGACCUUCAGAUGAUCACCAAUAUUCUUUACGCCAUGAAGGAGGAGAGUGAGAAGGUGCCUACACUGCUAACUGACUACAUAUUAAAAGUGCUGUGUCCCACUUAAAGAAUUCAAGCCAUGGGCUGCUCUCUGACGGAGACUUCUGAGAGGGCUCUCCAAUCUGGUAACCAUCCACCCCUCCUCCAGUCCAAGCUGCAUGAGCUCCCCCCUGUUUCAUAAUCAGCCAUGGAUCAUUACCAUCUAAAUCAUUGUACCUUACUCAUGUAAUAAAACUACUGCCUUUUGCUGAGCUCACCUUGUCCUUCCUGCACACUAAAAUCCGUCCAGAGCCAAAAUGGCAGCCGCCUGAAUACUAGUGUAUGGGGCCACUGUACCCCUGUUGAAGAACUGACUAACUGAUCUCUAUUCAGAGCAUGAUAAGCUAAUACUGACCACACAGUUAUACAGGGAUUCAUUUUUAGUUUUAUUUUCUAUUUUUUACAGAGAUGAUUUGAUAUCAGAUAUUAACAUGGCUAUGUUUUACUUCACUGUACCUCAGGCCUAAAAGGGGUUUGGUUCUUAUGUGAUUUUGUCUGUCUGCGCAUAUGUCACCUUGUACAGAUUAUUGAGGAUUGAUGGGUUCAACUUAAAUGUAGGAAAUCUGGACUGAACAUUUCUCUCAUUAUUCGAGGACAAUAACCUGUAAACUUAACAAAUUUGAAUAAAAAAGCCAUUGACCUUUUCUGCCAUGCUAGUACUGUAGCUUAAUAUUACGGGUGCAGUAUAUUUAAAUGUUUUUGUUAUUUCAACCAAUAAUGUUUGAAUAUUCAGUGCUCUUCAGACUUUUGAUAAUUUAUUUUUACUGUGAUCUAAUAUUUCAUAUAGGCCAUCAUGUACUGUUGUUUUGUUUAUUUUAUACUUUUAUUUAAUGAAUAAUCAGAGUAUGUGUCAACCCAUUCUGUCACAUGGAGUUUUAUCAUUGAGUUUUCAUUGUCACUGAUGACAUGGGCUCAUUUGAAUACGGUAUAGGCUUACUUAUUUAUGAAUUCCUGUGAGCCACGUAGGAGAAUACUACAUUGCUAAUCGCAAGUUCAAAUAAACAUGCUACCCUAAAACUGUG